UUUCCAUCCACGAACCCAAAAAAGGCCAGCGAAAAAGGCCAAAAGAUUAUAACUAAAGAAAAGGAAAAGGGGAACUCAAAAAAGUGUGGCGACUUUUGAUAAAAAUGUGGGGGAGAAAAAGAAUUGGGGCAAAAAAGCGUCGCUGAGUCAUCAUCAAGCCAAAAAGACGAGUCCACCUUUUUAUAUUCAGAAGAUAGAGAAUCUAGAAAGAGGAAAAGGGUAAAGGCAAGAAGAAGAAAGAAGAAGAAGAUCUCAAAUCAAGACCACAUACAACUUGUGGCUCAGGCCAGCUUUUCCUCGCUGACCUGGACUUACCCCUCACCCACCUUUUCUGCUGCUGGUUUAUACAUACUGGGUCGCAUAUUGCUCCUCGCGAACCCGACCCAGACCCGUAUUCUGACUCGCCGUGUCAGAUCUCUGCGAGCGAGGAGCGAGGCGGUGUGACGGUGACCCAUCGGAUUCGGUGUUUGUUGCUUUGUUGUCUCUUGAAAUUGCGGCUUUUGCGGUUCUUUUGGAUGCUGGAGCUCAUGUCUGAUUCAAGUAAGGACCCGGCGAUAAAGCUGUUUGGGAAGACCAUCCAGCUGCCGGAUAUGCCGUUUCCGGCGACGGAAAGCUUUUUCCGGGAUGAUGCCGGUACUCCUGAACCGUCGUCUGAUGAUGGUCCGGGCGAUGAUAGUCCAGCUCUAGUGCGUCCGAGUUUGGCGAAUGAUCCGGCCGAGGCCCAAGGCUUUGGCGGCGGCGGGGAACAUCAACGACUGCGAAAGAACCAAUAUGGAGGAAAGUUGGAUGAUAGGAAGGGGGAUGAAGGCACCCUAUCUUUGGUCGAAGAAGAGCUAACAGACCAGAGAGGAAAAGAAACAGAGAUUGAUGAAUCAAAAACAAUGAAAAAGCCAGAAACACAUGAACAGGGAGAAUCAAGUAAUUCGUCACAAGAGAAGGCUCUGAAAAAACCCGACAAGAUACUUCCCUGCCCUCGUUGCAACAGCAUGGAAACCAAAUUCUGUUAUUUCAACAAUUACAAUGUGAACCAGCCCCGCCACUUCUGCAAGAAUUGCCAGAGGUAUUGGACAGCUGGUGGGACGAUGAGGAACGUGCCUAUCGGAGCUGGUCGGAGGAAAAACAAGACCCCUGGGUCCCACUACCGCCAGGUCACCAUCCCAGAACAACAACUACCGAAUGGCAUCAUCAAGCCUAGCAACAACGGCGGCGGGACCCUUCUUACAUUCGGUGGCUCCGAAUCGCCUCUCUGUGAAUCCAUGGCUUCUGUACUUAACAUUGCAGAGAUGAAAACCAUGACGAAUAAAAGUGCAGUAAACGGAGAGAACGGAGAUGAGCAUUCAACAAGUGGAUCCUCAGUCACUGCUGCAAGUACCGAGCUACCAGACACUCCUAUCUGCCCGAACUUUGCUCCUCAAAUGCCGUGCUUCCCGGGUGCUCCUCCUUGGCCAUACCCGUUAACCACAGUUCAAUGGACCCCACCUGGUUACUGCCCUCCUCCUGGCUUUCCUAUGCCGGUUUACCCUGCCCCUGCUUAUUGGGGCUGUCCUGUAUCUUGGGUGGGCCCGCCUCAGUACCAGCAUCACACACCAUCUACUCUGGGGAAGCAUUCGAGGGAUGAAAACAUGGUGAAACCAGUGAACAGUGAGGAGGAACAGGGAGGUAAGAAAGGAAAUGAUCCGGAGAGGUGCCUGUGGGCCCCUAAAACCUUGAGAAUUGAUGACCCACAAGAUGCCGCGAAGAGCUCUAUCUGGGCUACUUUGGGAGUCAAAAAGGACAAAGUUGAUUUGGUGGGCAGUGGUGGCAUCUUCAAGGCAUUCCAUUUGAAAGAUGAAGAGAAGACUGAUUCUUCAGAAAACUCCACCGUUUUACAAGCAAAUCCAGCUGCAUUGUCUAGGUCUUUAGACUUCCAUGAGAGCUCAUAAGAAUAAAGUUUAGUUUGGGAGGUCAUAAUUCCUCUCAAGAAAAGUAAGAUCAUAAGUAUUAUCUAUGCAAGUUUUUACUUUUUAGUUCUUUCUCAUAGAAUGAUCUAGAAGAGGAUACCUGUAGUUCUUCUCUAGAUCAGAUAAGUCUGCACUAAGUUUUGUUUUCACAUUUUUAUUUUUUGUUUAAUAUUUUAUUCAUCUGAUGUCUAGAAAUUUUGUGUUUUUUAUAGUUAGUUUAUGUAUAUAGAUGUAUUUGGUAUAGUGAGAGUUUUGUGCACUGAAAGUGCCACAUGUGAACGUAGUAGUAUGCGGAUACUAAAAGGGUGUUUCCCUUGUAUAAUACUAUAUAAUACCAUUCAUGUCUUAUAGUCCUUGAUCCAUCUUGCCAUAUUGCAG